AACAUUUACUUUGGCUGUAAGUCUCUUAAAGAAAAGCUAUAUAUGUACCAUGCAAGCAUCGGUGUCUCAGAAAUCGUCGAUUUCAUCUACUUCUCCUGUCGACACUGUAACACCUACCCCAACUCAGCCAAUUCCGAAGAAAUCGCAACAGAUUAAAACAGAUAAACCACGACCCCAUGUUUGUAACUUGUGUACCAGAGCAUUUGCCCGAUUGGAACAUUUGAAGCGACACGAACGUUCCCACACCAAUGAGAAACCGUUCCAAUGUGGUGCUUGUGGUAGAUGUUUUGCCAGACGUGACUUGGUCUUAAGGCAUCAACAAAAAUUACAUUCCAAUUUGCCAAAUAUUUUAAUGAUGAAUAACAGGCGACAUUCAAGUGUUGGUAGUGUGUCUAAGGAUAAUGACGAGCAUAUAAUUGUGUUGCCAAACAAUACAAGUGCAACUGCUCCCUUGCCUUCGGACAGACAACAACAACAACCAGUACCCCAGUUUAAUACAAAUUUGUUUGACCAAUCACCAUCAACAAGUCAUACCAUCCAGCCAUCUAAUUCUUCACCAAAUCCAACUGUAACUAGCCAAGACUCCCCACAAACAAGAGUCAAUAUAACCUUACACAGUAGUCACCAUAGAAAUAGUGUAUCAUUUGGACCACCUCUGAAGCAGAAGCCAAAACUGUCAAGUCAACAUCCUUCGCCUAAUUCCGAAAAGCAACUGGCCAAAACCACACCACUACCUAAUCAUUUGGCAAACAACCAUCAUUAUCGUCAUGUCCUGUUUUCAGCUACUUCAGGUACUUCUUAUACAAAUCACAGGGACGAGAUAGACAUUCAAGAACAUCAAAUUAACCUUAAUGAUUCUGCACCUUUACAAGUAGAAUUUGCUACGCCUCAAUUGCACCCUCAAGACGAAGAUGACAAUGGAGAAGACUAUCAUAAGAUUUUGGACUUGCAUAAUUUUGAAUUAAUGGAUUGGAAUUUAAACAAACCAAAAGAUAAGCUUGUAAACCAACAUCACAACAAUGCGACAUCUAGCCAUAUGAAUCAUUCACAAAGUAUGCCAGGUGCAAUCGGCUUAACUCCGUUUGAAUUUAAUAUCCACCCUCCCAAUGAUAUUAAUAUGAUUCAGCAUUUGUUUGAUGAAAAUAGCACAACCAGUUCAUUGCCCUUGGACUGGAAGAAUGUCAAGAAGGAAGUUUCUGAUAAACCUAUACCUGACAGCAAGUCCAAUAAAUCAACCAAGAAACAAAAAGCAAAUAAUGGUAUGCCUAUAAAUAUACCUAAUAAUGACAAUGAUUGGGUGAAACAGUUGAUUACCACUCCAUAUCCUGAAGAAGAUAUACCAUUUAGCAGUAUUCCUGGUAGCUUGGACGAUUUGCAAGGUGUGUUUGGCUCAACCAGUUUAGUGGAUUCCAAUAUACCCAAGGCAAAUGCAGUCAGUUCGAUGUUUACAAAGAGACAACAUGAAUUAAUGCACCAAUUAAUGAAGACUGAUUCAGCCCAUGAUCCUGCUCCCAAACAGGAUGGUAAUAAUACAAACGUUGAAUAUUCCGUUAGUUUACCUUCGACAUUUUUCUUGAAUCAAGCCAAUUUUAUAACUUUUGAAUUAAGAAAACGCAUGAUUAGUGGAUACACUGGGGGAUCUAUUGACGUUGAGAAAUUCCCUAGCGUGUCUGAUUUGAACCAUUAUAUUCAAUUGUAUGAAUAUGGAUUUAACAAGUAUUAUCCAUUCAUUCAUUUGCCUUCUUUGAAGAAUCCUAUGGUCAAUAAUAGUGAAAAUAUUCCCUUGCUUUUGUCAAUUGCAGCCAUUGGAGCAUUGUACGCUUAUAAUGAUUCGGAUACAUUGAUACUUUUUAAUCUAUCUAAAUUCCACAUUCAGCUGUUUUUCGAGCGUGAAAUCACAUUGAAUAACUUGCAUUUUAAAAAGGUUCCACUUAUGGCCCAUCAAUGUCUUGUAUUGCAUAUUUUCAUAUCAUUAUUUUUGAAUGAACUGAAUAUGAUUGAUAUAACUUCGAGACAAAUUAAAUCGAUGAUUGGGUUGAUCAAAUCGACAAAUUUCAAUGAACCAUUGGAGCAAUUAUUAAUACCACCACCCGAAGCACAAGCUGACAAGACCCAGCUCAUUCAAAAUAAUUUUGAUUAUUUCAUUAUGGCCCAAUCCAGAAUCAGAACAUUACAGGUUUUCUAUCUGUUACAAACUUUCCGAUCUACUUUAAUUGGGGUCCCAAUUUACCUCAAUUCAUCAUUAUUGAAGAGUGGGAAUUAUUGUAAUAAUGAAAAACUAUGGUGGUGUGAAACUUCGUUGGACUGGUUUAAUGAACGGAAAAAGUCAAAUUUAAGUUUAAUUGAAAUGAGCAAUGGUAUCAAUAUGGAUCAGCUUAUUAGUUGUAUCAAUAACAAUACAACUGCUCCCGAAGUUAAAUUAUCAUACAAUAAUUUGCUUACUUUGUUAUUUUACAUUAGUGAACGAAUUGAAGCCGUCAGACCACAACCAUUUAGUUAUAUUCAAUGGCAGAAUAAAGUUAAACCUGACAUGGUUAAACUUGUUUCAAACUGGGAACUUAAAUAUUACCAGAAUCAUGGUACAACAUCAUUGAAUAUUACAACAUACAAUAGAAAUUUACUUAAUGCUCAACAUGAGCUUAAGUUAGUGGUGCCAUUGCUUUUAAUGAUUAAAAUCAAACUUGAAUUGUAUUCAUUGACCUCGUUGGUUUCACCUGUAUUGCAUAAGGACUGGCAAGAAAUGAACAAAGCUUGGGACAAGUUGCACUAUGAAGAAUCAAAUUAUGGUGUAUUAACCAAUACGUUGCCCCAUUCCAGAGAUUUAAUCCAAUUAUGGGUAUACAAUAUUGAAACUAUAAAUUAUGAUGUCAGACAAACUUCAUUACGUACACCAGUAUUAUUCUGUGUGGGAUUAUUUGUUAGCAUCAUUAUUUUAACGACAUAUUUGGAUUAUAUUGAAAAGAAUUGUGAACAUCGUGAUAUUUCCAAUAUGGAAUUGGUGCAUUGGUUCAAGUGUCAUGAUAUUUUAAACAAGGUAGAUAAAGUGUUGAGUCCAAGUUUGAAGAGUUCAUAUUCAGAAUUGCUUACUAAUCAAGUUAAGGAAAUUAUAAUUGAUGAAUCUGCAAUCACUAAACUUAUGGAGUUAACUCAAGAAAGGGAACAUUGUGAUGAUGCUUUGUCUCAAGGUAUAAAUAUUGAAGAAAACACCGAGAAAGUCCAUGAAUUGAACCAAUUGAUUCGUGAUGAGAUUGUGAAGUGUCAACUUUCAAUCAAGGUUAUUAAUUUGGGGAUUAGGAUCUUGGCUGAUGCGCCAGUCUGGCCAGUUUCUAUGGGAUUUGCAGAGGCGUUAAAAUUCAGAGCUAUUUAUUUAAGAGAGUAAACUUACAAUUAUUUAUUCAAAAUAAAACAAAUUUGUAUUAUAUAAAUUCAACGACUAUAAUAAGAUGAAAACUUAAAGGCAAACAUUAAUUAUUCUAAAAAUCUAAAAACUCUACUCUAAGCAUUGAAAAUUUGAUCAACUGUAUCAAAUAUAGAUUCUUCAAGAGUUAUAUAGUCAAACCCAAGAAUCUUAUUGGUUCUGGAAUUGUCAAAUUUUUGAAUCGACCUAUUGAUCUCUUCAUUUCUAGAUUCAUCACCUCUUGGAACUGUAGUAUUAGGAAAUCUACUGUUAAUGAUGUUGGCAAUUGUAUCAAGAGUGUAGCUUGAAGAUGCAGUGAAUAAUCUUUGCAGUACAGCUUCGUCAUUUUCGAAUGCAACUAAAUGAGCACGAGCUACAUCUCUAACAUCAACGAAAACACUACCGUCAGCGGGAAUAGGAUCACCUUUAGUUAACUUAACAACAGAGUUCACAACUUCAUUAGAAAGGUUUAAGUUAGCCUUAUCUUUAACGACAUAAGCUUGAGGACCAAACACAAAAGGUGGAGUAACAAACGAAAUAUCAAAAUUGACAUUUUCCUUAGUAGCAAAAGCUUGAGCAGCCAAUUCGGCAUACUUCUUAGAACCAAGGUAACCGAAAAAUGGAUUUUCUAAACUUUCUUCAUAGGUAAUUGGGUUCCAAUCAUCUUCCGUAUAAACUUGUUCUCCAUCGAAAUAAGGACCAAAGCCAAAAAUAUUAACGGCAGAAGCAGUAAUGACUACCUUUUUUAUUUGAGGACCAUAACGCUUAAUAGCAUUAAGAGCGUUGACUGUACCUACAAUUGCAGGCUUCAAUAAAUCUUUUUCAAUGUCUUCAACUGCGAAUGUAACUGGAGAAGCAGUAUGCAAGAAAACAGUAACCUCGGGGUGCUUCUUAAGAACUUCAUCGAAAGCAUUUUUUUCAGUAAGCGAGGCAACAAUUUCAAAGGAGAACUUAUCAUUUUGGAUUAAUGAUUUCAAUUGUUCACCUUUUUGAUGCGAUCUGACUGAACCAAUAACAGUGUAUCCCUUAGCAAGCAAUUGUUUAAUUAUAUGUUGGGCAAUGAAACCAUUAGCACCAGAAACGAAAACAGAAGUAGAAGUCAUUUUCAAUUUGAUUGUGUAAUGUUGUUGUAAUUAAGUGUAUUUAUCUUAAUGAUAAU